AUGCUAUUGGAGUCCGUUGCAGCUCUCAAAUCAACUGGAGCUCGGGAGUGUCUGGAAGAGGUCAAGGCUCUGGCUUCCGGCGAUCCUAGGCGUGUCGAGAUAGCACUGCUCCCCAAGACGCGACAGUUUCUUUCAUCUUUACAAUCAAGCCCCUUCGAUACAGCAACUCAGCCUGUAGCUGACCUGAUAGUCCCUGCAGCGACUACUAUCUUUUCCCCAGCGGCUGUCUUGCCAAAGGGACUCACGAAUGGGAGAAUGAAUACUGUUUCGGCCUAUGAGGUGUCCGCUGCCCUUCCACUAGCAAACGAUCUCGGAAACAUGCCGGCCAUUGAUGGGGCCUCAUUAUCUAUCUUGGGGUUAUCUGGACAUGUCGGAACCGUUGAUGAAGCGGCCCUCUUACAUGUUGGCUCCCUCCAGCCAAUGGCCACCAACCACGAGACGGUAUCCUACAGCGAGAAUUGGGAUCUUCUGGUGCCGGACAACUGGAAUGACACUGCCAACCAUGGAAGUGCUGGCCCUUUUACAGCGACCUACCAACAAUUAGAUGCCUCUUCACAUGAAGCUCGCGCCGGAACUCUAGCGAAUUGA